CUCCUUUUAUCCCUUUCUUCUUCUUUUACAAGUGCAAGUAUGAGUUCCUCUAAUAAUGACAUCCAAAUGAGUCGUAAAGACAUUGAUGAGAGUGAAGAGCCUUUCUUGCCUCAACCUGUUCAAUCAAGAGCAGAAAAGCAACACCCUUUGCCACUUAUUGCUGCCGUUGUUAGUUUUUACUUUAUUAUCUCUCUCUCUGUUGUCUUUUUGAACAAGAUCAUCCUUAGUGGCUCCACUGACUUUCCCUAUGCUCUCUUUGUUACUUGGUAUCAACUUGUGGUUGCUCUUGGUCUUUUGAUUGUCUGGGCUCAACUUGGUAAAGGGUACAAGUUAUUUAGUAUCAUUCCACCUUAUGAAUUCAAUACAAUAAUCGCUAAGCGAGUAGCUCCUUUGACCUUUGUUUAUGUUGGUAUGUUAGUCUUGAACAACUUGUGUUUGAAAUACGUCGAAGUUACUUUUUAUCAGGUUGCAAGAUCCUUAUCGAUUAACUUUACCAUUUUAUUCACCUAUGUCAUUCUUGGUAAGAAAACUUCGUUUGCAGCUCUGGUAGCUUGUGGUAUUGUCUUUAUGGGUUUCGUCAUUGGUUCUUAUGGUGAGAUCAACUUUUCUUGGGCUGGUGUCAUCUAUGGUGUUGGUUCUUCUGCCUUUGUUGCUCUUUAUGGUAUUUAUGUCCAAAAGACAUUGGCUGUUGUUGAUAAUAAUCAAUGGAAACUACUUCACUACAACACCACACUUGCCAUUAUCUUCCUUUCUCCUCUCCUCUUGUUCUCUGGCGAAAUCACCGAAAUUGUUUCCACUUCUGAUGUGAUUUACUCUCUUAACUUUUGGAUCUUAAUGACUAUUACUGGUAUUACCGGAUUUGGUAUUAAUAUUGCCAUGUUCUUGCAGGUCAAGUACACUUCAGCCUUGACAAACACCAUCAGUGGUACUGCCAAGUCUUGUGUUCAAACUGUAUUGGCAGCCAUGAUCUUCCAAAACCCUAUCUCUGCUUUGAAUGGUCUUGGUAUCAUCUUAGCCCUUGUUGGAUCAGGUUAUUAUGGUUGGGUUCGUUAUCAAGAAAGAAUCAGCAAAUAGAAUGUAUAUUAAAUGAUUUAUUCCCCCUCUUUUUUUUUAAACAAAAUGAAGCAUUGAAAGCGAUUGGCUUUACCCAUGUCUAUUUUUAUUUUUUAAAUGUAUAAAAAUAGAUGCGGAUUACUUUUUAAAACGCAAUUAAAAUAAAGAUGUGCUAUUGGAUAAAUAUGACAUAAA